AUUCUUUAAAAAAAUACAAAAAUUUUUUUUUCGGACGAUAUAUCGUCGAUGUCUAUAAUUUUUUUUAAACAAUUCUCUCUUUAAUAUUGUGAGUGAAUAUCUUUUUUUUUCUUGUAAAAAAAAACUUUACGUGAUUGUGCAAUAGAAGAAAGAAAAAAAAUGAGAAAAAAUAUGUUUUUGUUGUUGUUGUUAACAUCUGUGUAAAAAAAUAUUGAAAAAUCACUUAAAAUCAUUAAUAUCACUUGAAGUAAUCAAUUGAAUUUGAAUAAAUUAAUGAAAUAUCAUCAAAUAGUAAAUGAAUUGACGACUAUAAAAAAAGGGAAGUAAGAGAGAUCCCAAUGUCUGGAUUGAUGAUGAUGAAAAGUUAGAGGAAGCUAAACUGAAGGAAUUUUAAAGUCAAAAAGACAUAACGCAGAGAGUGAAAAAGAAAGAAGAAAAUCUUUUUUUUUCAUCUUGUUGAGGUUUUUUUUUAUUCUGUUGGAUAUAAAUAGAGCAGCGGCAUUAAAUACGAGUGAGCGAAUGAAUGUAUUUUUUCAUUUUUGGAUAAUAUACAUAUGCAGCAGUAACACAGCACACACAGUAUAAUAUAAAAUUGGGAUUUGUAAUCAUCAGUCGGUGUAUUAUACACACAAUUUCUACAAAAAGAUUAUAAGUAAAGAAAGAAGGCAAAAAUGGUAGUCGGCGAAACACAAAACGGCAAUCUUGCCGUUGAUGAUAUGGACGAGAAUGAUGAUCAAAAGCAACAAUCGACACAACAAAUUUCGGGUAUAAAUCAGGCCACAAUAGACAAUAUAAUGAGCGGAAUAGAGAAUACGGGAGCUGUAAAAAUGAACAACCAUAGGAAAAAAUUAAGACAGAGAUUUGACAUAAUAAAAAAAUUAGGUCAAGGAACAUAUGGAAAAGUGCAAUUAGGAAUCAAUAAAGAAACAGGUCAAGAGGUUGCCAUUAAAACAAUUAAAAAGAGUAAAAUUGAAACUGAAGCUGAUCUCAUAAGAAUUCGACGUGAAGUUCAAAUUAUGAGCUCUGUACAGCAUCCGAAUAUUAUUCAUAUUUACGAAGUAUUCGAGAAUCGUGAAAAAAUGGUGCUUGUCAUGGAAUUUGCUGCCGGCGGUGAGCUUUAUGAUUAUUUAUCCGACAGAAAAGUACUUGGUGAGGAGGAGGCGAGAAGAAUUUUUCGACAAGUAUCGACGGCAAUCUAUUAUUGUCAUAAGCAUAAAAUCUGUCAUCGAGAUUUAAAAUUGGAAAAUAUUUUACUUGAUGAGCAUGGAAAUGCAAAAAUAGCCGAUUUUGGAUUGUCAAAUGUUUUCGAUGAGCAGAGACUUUUAGCGACAUUUUGUGGAUCGCCACUUUAUGCAUCGCCAGAAAUUGUUAAGGGAACUCCAUAUCAUGGUCCCGAAGUAGAUUGUUGGUCAUUAGGUGUUUUAUUAUAUACGUUAGUGUACGGUGCAAUGCCAUUUGAUGGUGCCAAUUUUAAGAGACUUGUUAAGCAAAUCAGUCAAGGUGAUUAUUUUGAGCCAAAAAGUCCGUCGCGUGCGUCACCACUCAUACGUGAAAUGUUGACAUGCUGUCCAAUCAGACGAGCAAAUAUUGAACAAAUUUGUAGUCAUUGGUGGGUGAAUGAGGAAUACAAUGAAAAUUGUCUGGAUCUCGCUGAGGAAUUAGCAAAUCAAACGCCUGUUAGACUUGAUGUUUUGUUGUCACUUGCGCCGCCAGUUACAUCAGAGCAGGUUGUCGUACCGAGUCAUGAGGAGAACAAUAAAGAGAGAAUACAGAAAAGUCAUUCAGUUGGAUCGAUAAUUGAUAUUCCUGAAACUGAGGCUGAAAGACGAAUAUUGGAUAUGGUUGCAGCCGGUGGCGAGAAAGCAUUGAUGCCAUCACCAACGAGAACAAUGACACCACAAGAAAGUCCAAUGCAACAGUCAAAGAGGAAGCUCGAGUCAACCGUAUCAACCGAGAAUGCAACUGGUGGUGCAAAGAAAAAGGAAAAACCAAUCAGUAGUAGUAAUGACAUUAGUAUGGAUUCAUCCAAGUCAAAGUUAUCGAUACCAGAAGUUAUGGAAAUAGAUAUUGAGAACUCAUCAUCACCCAAUGUCGUAGAUGAUGAGAAGAAGCAAGAAGAGGAAAUUAAGCAAGAAAAUACCGAGGAUGUGCAAGAAAGUUUAAAGAAAAUUGAGGAAUUAUGUGACGAGUUGAUGGAGAAGACCGAUAAGACUAAAGCUGAUGAGAAACCCCCAAAGCAAACUGAAGCUCCCACACCCAAACCUGAAGAGGUCAAGAAGGAAGCUAUCAAGAAAAUUUCUAGUCCAGUAAAACGUGAUAUGGUGAAGCAUAAAACUUUAGACUUGUCAAGUGCAUUAUCGUCUAUAUCAAAGGAUGCUGAAAAUUCCACAUCAUCCUCAACAUCAACGCCCUCAAGCACUGCUGUCACUCCACCACAGCAGACAAAGUCAGUCCAACAAAUGUCGUCAGUUGAAAGGCAAAAUAGUCUUCCAGAUGAUGGUGCAGCUACUCCAACAAAACCAGUUGCUGAGAAGCGUCGUUCGAGAAUUUUAGAGACUGCCGAGAAGUUCCAAAACAUGAAUAAUCAAAAUAAUGAGAAAUAUAAGAAAUUUUCAAUACCCGGCGUAAGUGUUGGGAAUUUUAAGAAAGAAUUUGAACGUAAAGCUUCCAUAACCGAUGCCAAGAAGACGAGUGUCGAAAAACGUGAUCUUAAUGAGAACAAUAAUGAGAGUAAGAAGCCAAUUCAAGAUAAUAGCACGCAUAGUGAGAAAAUUAAGGAUGCAGCAUCAUCAGCCAAAAUAAAUAGCAUUGUAAAGCAGAGUUCAACAGCAUCAACAUUAUCAAGAACAGAUGACGAUAUUAAUCAAAGUGAUUCAAAGAGUUCCGUAGCAAGUUUCUCAAUUGAGGAUGCAAAGCGCAGCAUGGAAAAUUCAAUCAAAUUAUUGCAGAAGGCAAAGAAUGAAUCUCAAUCAAAGGAUGUGGACAAUUUAUGUGCCAAAACUGAAAGCUUCAACAUACAGCCCUCAUCGACACCAUCACCAGUCAACGACAUGGACAUUGAUCGUCAGAGAAAAUUGCAAGCAGCUAGAGAAAUUAUUGGUAAUGCGAUUCCGCCAAGUCGUUUAAUUGGAAUUCGAAAACCCCCGCUCUAUGGCUUAAAUGGUCGUUCCGUUUCAGGAGGUGUAAUUCAAAGUCCAUUUAAAUCAAAUUCAAAUGUCGAACAGCAACAACAGCGUUCAACAUUUGGCCGAUACUCAUCCAUGGAUGCAUCUAAUCAAGUGGUUCCGGAAAAGAUUAAACAAAAUUUACCGGAACCACCGGAAACCACUAAAACUUCACAUGCUGAAAUCACACUCAAGUCAGCAACAUUACCGCGUCGAAAGCCAACUAAAAUGGAAAUACAGGUUGAAAUAAAGCCUAAAAUGGAUCAAUCACAGUCAACGAGAUUUACAACGGAGGUUCAUCAUCAAGUGCCUGACACUUUACAAAGUGCUCCGAUCCGUGAGACACCCACAACGUAUGCGUCAUUUACAGUCCAGAAUCGCUCAAAUAGUCUCGAGCCAAAGGAACAUUUGAUAAAUAUUCAGAAGCCACCAACAUAUCAAAGAAAUGCUUCGAAUGCAUAUAGAAAUACGUUAUCACGUCAAUCAACAAAUGAAUCAAAUGAUUCGGAUACAACGCCCACACAAUCAUUCAUUCAGUCAUCAUCGACGAUUAAUUCAUCUGGUGAUAAGCAGCCGAUCAAAAAAUCACCAAGAGAAUUUAUCAUACCAAUUUCGAUUGAAGGUGGUGGAAUUGUUACCCCAAAGCUUGACAGCACAGAACAAGGAGAAGCACAACGCAUGAGUCGAACAAAACGCAUUAGUUCUAUAUUUAGUGAACGAGAUGUUGAGGAAGACACAAAUUCAACAGUUUUUCCUAAACUUCAUCGACAUACGUCACUCAAUCGUGAGAGCGAUACGGAAGAACCAAGAUUUCAUUCAAUGCAUCGUUUACGGAGCUCAAAACCAACGAAACGUUCAAAUGUAUUUUCGCAAGAUCCUAAUGAGUCCGACUCAGGCGAUGAGGAUGAUGACGAUGAUGGAUUUGAAUUGCUUACUGCUGAAAAUCUUUUCUCGACGCUUUUAUCACGCGUUCGUGCCUUAACGCAUCGAUUGAAUGUGAAUAAUGAAACAACAUCCAAUUUCCCAAGCACACGAUUCAUGAACAAUAUUAGACAAUCUCAAAGUCCAUUUUGGAAUAAUGAUCCGUUUGGAAGUAGUCGCACGAAUUUAAAUCCAUGGCGAACAAAUAAUUUAGCUCGUGAUCUCCACAGCGAUUUUGACUCAAUGUUCUCAAGAUCUGGAGCGACACUUCCCAGAGGAAAAACCCCGACCAAUAAUUCAUCAAAAGAUACAAAUGACAGAAACAAUAACAAUUUUAAACAUGAAAUAUUAGACUUGGGCGAUUUGGAUCUUUCACAAUUACGACUAACCAAAAAAGAUUUAGAAACUUUAUCGAGCAUCACACCGAGUUUAUCAAAGAACAUUCAGGAUCAACUUUUAGCACAAUUGCCACCAAAUCAGGCGAAAAAAUUAUCCCGAACCUUAUCACAAAAUCAAACUACAAAUAGUAAUAAUAUUAAUGGAAAGAAGUCAGAGACAACACAAAUUUAUCGACGUAGCGUGAGCAGCGGUGCAAAAAGUCAAAAUGAACGUCAUAAUCGUGACAGUGUGACACCAACGAAUGAAGUAUUCGAUAAUAUUAACAAUAAUACUAUCCGUAAUGCUUCACAGCAUAGAAAAAGUGCAAGUCGUGAGGAUAAAUUGUUUGAUGACUCGGUAAAUAACAAUAAUAACAAUAAUGGAAGUAUAUUUCGUGAACGGACAUUGUCGCCGGAUGGAUAUCGUUAUCAGAAAAACUUAAAUCGUACAUCAAGUCCAAGUGAGGAUAUAGAACGAGCUUGUUUCUCACCACCACCAUUGGAAGAGAAAAAGACAAAAAGAUAUUCAAGGUCGAUGGCUAUUUAUGAUGAACCACGAAAACCAGAACUCGCAACACAUAAAAUUUUGCGUGAAAUGCGUGAAAAAAGUCAUGAAACGGAUAAAGAUGAUAGCAAUAAAAAUUCGUACUACCAAAAUAAAUACACGCCAUAUAAUAGCGAUGUACAGACCAGAAGUUUUAAUGCCAAAGAGUCCACAAUUUCCGGUAAUUCGCAGUCACAGUCGUCGUCUGUGUCGUCGUCAAUUAAUAAUAAAAUUUUAGAUGAAUUAAAUUCAAUUAGUUUACUUAAUAAUCAGCUGGAGAAAUUCGACCAACUUGAGAUCCAAAAUAAGGAAAAACUAGUGAAAAAGAAAAUUUCUACAAAAAUCAGCGAUGAAACUUCCAAAAAAUCAACAAAAUUAAAAGAAAAAGUCGAAGAAAUAAAGCCAACAGAAACCAAACUCGUUCGUCCAAAGUCAUUCAUUAAGGAUGUCCCACUUAAGCCAAUUACUCAAGAAUUCACAACCGAUAAACUUCCAUUAGACACAAAUAAGCUCGAAAGACCAAAAAGUUUUCCAAAUUCAAAAUUAACGCCGCCAAAAGAACUCAAAAAGUUACCAGACAUCGAUCCAAAACCUGAGGAACCAAAGAGUGUUGAAGAACCUCCACAAAUUGAACCAAAGAAAGUCAAAAAAGUCAUUAAAGUUGUAAAAAAAUCAACGAAAAAGUCAUCACCUCCAAUAUCCGUGCCAAUAGAAGCUCUACCCGAGCCAGAAGUCACGAUUGUGAAAAAAGAGAAGGAAAAGUCUCCUGAAAAGAAAGGUGGAAAAGGCUUAUUGUAUACGAUUGGGCAAAAGUUUGAGAAACUUCGUGAUACAAAGGCAAAGAAAUCAGAUGAAGUUAAGGAUGAAAAGAAAAUUGAAUCAUCCACGUUGGACUUGAAGGAAAAGAAAAAGAAAAUAAAGGCAAUGUUGAAUGAAGAUGUUGAUGAAAUAACAAGACAAGAAAGGAAGUCCAAAAUUGAUGCAUUAAUAAAGAAUUUAAAAGAUAAAACUGUACCAAAUGUUGAAUUAACUGAAUCCGGACUGAUAAAACGUGCUGUUAGCGUUGAAGAAAUGCCAAAUACAUUUAAUAAGAAUGCUGUGAAUAAAGUUCUUGGAUUAUUUAAGCGAAUCGAGAAGGAGAAUGAGAAUAAAACGAAUCGAGUUCAAAAUACAAAAUCCACAAGUUUUCUAAGCUCAAUGGAUCCACCGACGACAUUAGACUACUAUGCAAACCAUAUUACAAAGGAGAGACCGAAAUCCAGUGGAUUUGUCAACAAUAAGCAUCAUAAAAAUUGUAGCGCAAGCUUUGAACCAUUAGCAAAUAUUUGUGAAAGUAAAAUACCUGUUAAAUAUUCAUGUCCUGAUUGUAAAACAAAUCCAUCGAUCGAUACUAUUAAUCCACAAUCCGCAAAUGUUGUGACAAAGCGACAUUCCAAUGAUGACAAGCAGCAGCAGACGAGUGAGGAGAAAGAGCGCUUAAAAAACAAUCGAAAAGGAUUAAUGUUGGAUUUUUCACGAUUUAAAUCUCCUGAACCAGAAGUGAAGGAUAAAAAGCCAGCAAACUAUAGCUUCCCACCGCCCCUGCCCGAAGUCAAUAGGAAUGUCGUCACUCCAACAUAUGAUAAUCUCGCAAAUUAUUCAUCAUCUGCAUUUGAUGCAUCGAUAAGCUCCUCAUUAUCGCCAAAUGAUGAAAUCUGUAAUGAUGGAUGGUCGACAUGUUCAGAUGACCAUACAAUCUCAUCACAUCAUCCAUUAGGUAGUGCAUCACUUUCGCGUUUAUCAAAAAGUAAUUAUAUUGAUGAGCCUGAAUCACCGCCAGAAUCUGUUGUCGAUAGAAUUAGACGUAAAAGCUUUUACAGUAGAUUUAAUGAGAAGAAGACCAAACGAGUCUCAAAUAUUGUUGGACCAGCUGCUAAAGAUUAUUAUCGUGAACGUUCAAAACCAUUGGAAUAUACAAGAUCAGCAACAAGCGUUAUACCUGACAUUCUAUCAUCGACACGUGCAUCGAGUGUUGAGGCUGCACCAUCACAUCAUUCGCGUGCAUCAAGCAUAAGUCGUUACAUACCCACAUCGUCAGCGGCAAAUCGCUCAUUAAGUCAAACACGCUCAUCCACAAAAUAUACAAAUGACAGUGAUCCAAUAUCAAGUUCUAGUUCGUCAUACAGACGAAAUGAAAGCAAUCAUUUAGCAACUUUACCGCCACCAUAUCACGUACAUCAUUCACAUCAUCAUCAUGAAUUAUCACAUAAAGCAUCACCCGAUGAUGUAUCAAAAAUUAAAAGCAAUAGAAAUACAAUGUACGACUCAUCGUCAUCAUCAUCAAAUACACCAUCGUCAUUAUCGUCACUUUAUACUAAACGACGUUCUUAUGUCUCAUCAUCGCCAUCAUCUGUGACUACAAAUUCAACUUCUUAUUAUACAUCAUCAAAACCGCCACUAACAUUUGUCGAUGGCUAUGCAACAAUUGGACGUAAAAUGCGACAAUAUAAUACUAGAAGUGUCUCGUUAUUAGAUCCUAAUAUUAUCAAUUCCUCACAUAAUAAUUAUGAUCAUUAUCGUGUUAAUGGAAAUACUGAAUCAAAUGGAAAUUCUACAAGAUCUUUAAGAUCAUCUGUUCCAAGAAAUGACAACAUUUGAUGUUUAAAUACAACUCAUUACCAUUAUGUUUUUUAAAAGUCUCAACUGUUUAUCUUCUCAUUUUUUUAAUGAGUUUAACUAAAAUUGUUGAUUUGUGCAAUUUAUCAUAUCAUUUUGGGAUGGAAUGCUCGAUGAACAUGGUUGGGAGUUGGAAGAUUUCCAUCAAUAAACUUUACUGUAGCUGACUCACGUAUUUUGAAAUAACUUUUUCAAGAAAAAAACAAAAGUUUAAAAUUUAUUGCAAAAGUUUAGAGAAAUGACAAAGAAUCAAUUAAUGCAGCAUCUCGUUCAGACAUUUUAGAACAAUUUUUUUUUUACCUAUUAUAAUGAUAUGUUUCUGAAUAAAAUUUUGAAAUUACUGUGGAGAUGUUUUGAAAAUGAUGUCUAUCAAAUAUUGAGGAUCUUCUGAAAUUAAGAGACUAGCUUUGAUCUAAUCUAAAAACGCAUAGAAGUAAAUACACUGAGAAACUAGCUCCUGAAGCUUUUUAAGAGAGAUAAGUUUUUAAAGUGAAUCAAUUAUUCAUUGAACCGUUCAACUUCCAUAUCCCCACCAUAAAUCGAACUUUUCAUUCCGAAAACCCAAACUUUUUCUAUUUGUUCUUUGAAAAAAAAAAAUGUGAAUAAUUUUAAGUGACAACAUCUCAUUCUUAUUAAUUUUUAUCGCAAUGUACUAACCAUAAUGCACUGUCUUGAGAAGGGAACCUCAUGAGAUGUUAUAAACCUUUUUUUUAAAUAUAUUUUACACAUUAUUUCUAAUUCUAUUGUUGAAAAAAAUGAAGAAAAAUUAGAAUCAAAAAUUAUGGGAAAAAAUGUUUUUAAUAAUAAAAAUAAUAUUAGAAGACGCACAGUUAAUGGCAGUCAAAGGCUGCCUGUAGCAGGAAUAAAAAAAUGAUGAAUUUUAAUCUCAAAAUGAUGACUAGUUAUUGUGUAGUUAAAGUAAAACUUUUAGAGCAAUAUAUUUCAUUUUGAAAUACUUAUUCUCAAUGGAAAUAAAUAAAAUAAUAAAAAAUUUGUUUGAAAAACUUUUUAAUAAUGAAUCAUUUCAUUAAUUAUAUCAACACUUUGCAUUAAAACAUGAAUAAAUAAAGAAAAAAUUUGGUAGAA